GAAAAUUCUUACAUUGUGACUUACAGCCGAGACGCAAGAGAAUCCUUGUUUCGGUGAUGUCAUGGAUGGUGCCGGUCCAGUGAUUGACCCAUCAUGAAGGCAUCGUGUAUGCCGAUUGCACACGAAAUUUGGAAGUCGCGACGGGUAUCAACACCUGGUACGCUGGAUGGAUUAGGAUAAACGAGCGAGGUUGAACUAGAUGAAUAUCAGUCUCCUGUCGACUGAAGCGAUAUCGGAAGCGCAUCGUAGCUCUUUGGUUUCCUGCAUCCAGGUGAAGCGAGACCCCACAACCCUUUCUUGUUGGGGAAUUCAUGUGAAGCUACAGAAACCAAUCAAAAGUGUGCAGUGAGAGUUGCGUUGAUCGGAAUGUCGAAGAAUUGAGCGUAUGUGAUUUGUAUUUUACGUCAGAAUCCGGAGUCGAAGAUGAAUAGAAGUUGUGAAGAUGGCAGGAUUGCGGUGCUUGCACACUGCGGAAGGAAUUAAUCGUCAUCUUUGAGACAGUCCUCAAUGCCUGCUUAACUUCAUUUUUAGACGUUAGAUGCGGCUGCUGUGAAGGCGGAGGGGUUUUGUGUAAGUUGGAUAUGGCGUGCGUUCGAGGUUUGCUUGAAUGGAUUCCGGCAUGCAAGUGUGAUGGAAAUCUGACUGCGGUUAAAUCAGUUGAUGCUGGAGCCAAUUCCGCACAUUCGCGACGUUGUUUGAAUUUUGUAAGCCAGUCGCGCGUUUCGGAUUCUCGGCAUCGGCGAUGUUCGUCUUUAAGGGUCAGGAGCAUGUGGGAGGGUGAAAAGAGAGCUCACCAGGACAAUGUGAUAAUGCGGCAAUGGUGCUCAGGGAAGAGAAAUGUCGCUUGCCAAGUAGAUUCGUCGUCCACGGAGACUGCAACAGGUAGUGAGCUAGACCUGGAAUUUUACGCCGUUAGAAAAAAAGUGGAGGAGCUGGUUCGACGCGUAGGCGAGGUGCUGGCCUCGUCUGACAUAGCCGAGAAAAAGGCCAGGUUAGCGGACCUUGAGUUGCAAGCCUCACAAGAUACGCUGUGGGAUGACCCUGAUGCAGCGCAGAGAACUCUGUCUGACCUUGCGGAAGUGAAAGAGAAUUUGGAUUUGUUGCAGCAAUUCGAAAAUAAGGUGGAGGAGGCGCAGUUGAUAAUAGAAUUGAUGGGGGAGAAGGAAGGCCCAGAUGGUGGAUUGGUGCAGGAAGCAUCGGAAAUUGUGUCAUGGCUUAGUAAUGCCUUAGACAAAUUUGAGCUGGCGAAGCUUUUGUCGGGGCCGUAUGAUCGAAGGGGCGCGAGGGUAACUAUAUCCGCAGGAGCUGGGGGUACGGAUGCUCAGGACUGGGCUGAGAUGCUGUUACGAAUGUACUCGCGGUGGGCCGAAAAGCAGGGUUACACUGUGAAGGUGAUGGAGAAAUCGCCUGGGGAAGAGGCCGGCAUCAAGUCGGUGACCUUUGAAGUAGAUGGGCGAUUCGCAUAUGGUUACCUUGCCAGCGAAAAAGGCACUCAUCGACUUGUAAGGCAAUCACCAUUUAAUGCCAAGGGUCUGCGACAGACGAGCUUCGCAGGAGUAGAGGUGAUGCCAAUCUUCGAAGAGGAGUCGUUGGAUGUAGAAAUUCCAGAAACAGAGCUGGAGGUCACUACAACCAGAGCCGGAGGCAAAGGUGGCCAAAACGUAAACAAGGUAGAAACGGCUGUGCGCAUUGUUCAUAUUCCGACGGGGAUUGCUGUUCGCUGCACCGAGGAGCGAUCACAGCUUGCGAACAAGAUCAAAGGUCUUAGAUUACUGAAGGCCAAACUUCUUGUGAUUGCUCUUGAGCAAAAGGCGUCGGAUUUGAAGGAAAUUCGAGGCGAUGUGGUGAAAGCCGAAUGGGGUCAACAAAUUAGAAACUAUGUGUUCCAUCCUUAUAAGCUCGUGAAGGAUGUCCGAACGGCUACCGAAACGUCAGACGUAGCAGGUGUCAUGGACGGUGAGUUAGGUUCUUUCAUCACCGCUUUUUUGCGUUGGAAGACCUUGAGUGAAUCUAGUUCAGCUCCGAGUUAGUCCAUUCUAGCACCGCAAUUUUGACCUAAAUUGUGUAUUUUGGAGUUUGAGUGAAAUUUUGCACUCCAGAGCGGUAAGGAAUUAGGUAGGGAUUUGUCGAGACAUUCCAAGGCAUGAUCUCUCUUCUAUGUAGGAAUGAGUGUUAUUUAAAGGCAAUUUUUCAGUUGUACAUCCAUGUUUGGAGCUCUAGUUUGGACAUGCUUUGUGUUCAAAUAGCAGUGGACCCAGCUCGAGAAGUAAUUGGAGGACCCGUUUGUGUAAAUUCUGAAAUUCGUUUUGGAUGGAGCUGAGAACCGGAACGCUUCCUGCAGCGCACAGCUAUUACUCUGGUUGAUUUGAGCUUUCGUGACAUGCUUUUGCUAUUCAUGGGUGAAGGCAUGCUUUGAUAAAUGGCGGAGAGGUGAAGAUAGGUCUCAAGUGAAAUCUCUAAGCUGAAUCUUGAACUUUUGUACUAUGCAAACACCGCUUUUAUUUUACACGGUGUAGUUUUGGUUUCUGAAGCGUUUUCUCCACUCCAUCAGAAGCAGACAGUUCCUGCUACACGUCAGAAGCUUACACAAAUCUUGUAAUAGCGCCAUUACAUUGGAAUGCAGCAAUCCUUCAGAAUUUAA